AUUCACCUCUGCCACUGCCGCCCCGCAAACAAAUACAAACAAUCCCAACAAACGCAUCCCGGUGGGAAGUUCAAAAUGGUUCACAAGGUCCUGUUCUGGAGCGGACUCGGCGUUGCUGCACGGCUAUGGCAGCUCGGCAUUGAGAUGCGCCCGCUCUUCAACAAGGAAUCCCUCUGGGUCUACCCCGUCUUCGCUGGCAUUGGCGGCAGCUUCGGCUACUGGCUCAUGGGCGUCGAGCACCGUCAGUUCAAGCUGCUGGCCGACCGACGAGACACAUUGCUGGAGAAGCGAGCACGGAGGAAGGAGCGCGAGGAGGCUGCCGCUGCCGAGAGAGAAUGAACAUGCAGGUGUGGAAGUGGGGAGAGCGUGUGAGGGGUCGUAGUGAGGUCGUUUCUUUGGUGCAGUGUGCACAUACGGUUGGGUUGGAAUCCGCCAUUUUCGUUGCCAGAAUUUGCAGAGAGAGGGUAUGGAGAGGCUGUGCGGACAGCAGUGACGAGAGGC